CCCGUUUGGAGUUAGCGUGCCUGACUAACUCCCUACGACGGCUGACGCGCCCAGCGCUGCAGCUGCCGUUCACGAUCUCUGGAACGCCGCCCUCCACUUUCUGUCAUCCUCGCCCAUCACCUUUCUUGCAGUUGGCGAUCUCUGCGCUCUGCGUCCUAAUCCAUUGCAUCAAAUCUGGCAAUGGGCAUUGUUGCGUCUUAGCACGCCCAAUUUCUUACUCGCUGGUUCGUUUACUCGGCGCGCCACCUUUUAAACUCGUUCGUUUCCCUCUUCUUUCUCCUACUUGUCCUCAUCCGUUUACUACAAACCUCCGAUCUUCUCCAAAUCAUCUUCAGCACACUAUUUCAUCGUCCAUCUCUAUUCUUUUUUUCUUUUCCUCUUUAUCCGUCUCUUCUUUCUCUUCUUCGCCUUGGGUUGCACCCAUUGUCGACAUUUCUUGCCAAGCACGGCUGGAUUGCCAGUGCAACAGCACCGCCUCCAAACCGCGCUCUGGCCUCUUUGACUCUCCUUUACCUUGUGGCUGUCGCCCACCAUCACCUCUUGGCUUUUCUUCUCUCUUUCUCUUACUUCAGCGAUAUGAAGCGUUCUAACCCUGGCUUCGCCCUGCAGAACAUCACCCGCCAACCAGGUAUCGAUUGACGGAAUACACGACCGACAGCUCUUUCACUUUAGCUUGCGAUCGACAAACCGAGACAGAAAAUAUACGCUACAAGCCCAGAUGAGCGCAUAUCGCGAUUCGGGCCGGUCGCCCGAAGACAGAUACAGAGAUGACAGAGGUGAUUCUUUCUACCGAAACCGCUCGCCUGGAAACGACCGCAGAGACCGACGACGAUCGCGUUCACCAGCCCCUUUAGAUCGCUAUGAGCCCAGAGGGCACCGCGAUGACCGUGACGACCGCCGACGCCCUCUGUCACCUCCGACUGGCAUUGAUAGAUACAUACCAGGACAAGAUAACGGCGCGCCUGGCAUGAAUGUCAAUCCCCUGGCUGAUCCCUCUCGAAUGCCCUAUCAAGUCGGAUUCUCGUACUUUGGUGAAUGGUGGAGGAUGAAUGAAAAGAUCAAGGACGACAAAGAGCGAGCCAGAACCGGCCGACGAAGAGAGCCCGAACGCGUGGACCGCGAAACAGAAAAGGCACAGAUCCAAGCUGCCUACGAUACAUACAAAGAAGAGCUUCAGACUAAGAUGGCUCGCGCCUUUGUCAACGAGCACAAAAAAGAACAGUGGUUCAAGGAACGCUACAUUGCGGAGAAUCGCGAUGAAUUUAGAGCCAAGCUAAACGAAUUCCGCCGCGGUGCCUACACACAGUGGGAGCAAGAUCUUGAAUCGGGAACCUUUGACGAGUUCACUUUGGAGGGUAUUCCAAAGAAUGAAAGCAAUGGCUCUGGCGGCGUGGUGGAGAAGGAAGAGGGUGAGGCCACCGCGGGUAAUGAAAUCCUUGGUGUUGGUGAUCUGGUCGCUACGUCUGGUGCCGAUAUCAGAGAUGAGAACCAGUUCCAGCCUACUCUACUUAUUAAGACCAUUGCACCGCAUGUUGGUCGCCAAAACCUCGAAGCAUUUUGCAAGGAACACCUUGGCGAAGAGGAGGGCGGCUUCAAAUGGCUAUCCCUAUCGGAUCCCAAUCCCAGCAAAAGAUACCAUCGCAUUGGCUGGGUUAUGUUGCAUCCUGCAUCAGAUACCGCCAUGCCAGUAGAGAGAGCUGAUCCUAAAGACGAAGAUGGCGAUCAUGCUACCACCCCGCCUCCUGUAUCAACUGCUGAGAAAGCUUUGGAGGCUAUCAACGGCAAGACCGUCAAAGACGAGGCUAAAGGCGAUUUUGUGUGUCAUGUCGGCGUGCAUAACCCGCCAGGAAAUCCUAGAAAGAAGGCACUCUGGGAUUUAUUCUCAGCCCCAGAGCGCAUCGAUAAGGACCUUCUCAACGCGCAGCGUCUAAUCAACAAGUUUGAAGAAGAGUUUGGUUCCGACUUCCAAAGUGUUCUCAAAGUAGAGGAGAGAGUAGAAGCACUUCGUGCCGAUGGUCAGCUCAAAUCUGCACUACCAGCACCUACGAAGAAGUCUCGGGAACCCAAAGAUAUAUCUAUGGAUAUUGCGAUGGACGAAGAGGGUGCUGCAGGAGGCGAUGAGGAGGAAGAGGAAGGCGCCUUGGAAGAUGAUGACGGCGAUCCUGAAGACCUUUUGGUCAAGAAGAAACAGCUGGACUUGUUGAUUGAGUAUCUGCGCAGAGUCUUCAGCUUCUGUCUCUUCUGCGUUUUCGAGAGUGACUCCGUCCAUGAGCUCUCCCGCAAAUGUCCUGGUGGACACUUGCGUCGCCCUCGCAGUACACUGUCCAGCGCUGCCAGAGCCGUCGCACAGGCGAGCGCUGAUGGUGCUCCUUUCCCCGAAAAGAAGCGAGAUACUGACGAGGAGGGUGAGAUGGAUACCGACGGUGACAAGAAGUUCCGCAACACUUCUACCAAGGCUGAGCAGCAGCUACAGCGUGCCUAUAACUGGGUGAAGACGUAUGAAGAGAAGCUCGCGCAAAUCUUGGAGCCUCAAUCUGUUGACCUUCGCAAGUUUGGCGGCCGUCCUGUCGAUACUGCUUUGGAGGAUGAACUUGCUAAAUUCGUCAAGCAAGAGGAUGAACACAAGUGGCGAUGCAAGGUGCCGGAAUGCACUAAGCUCUUCAAGGAGGAGCACUUUUGGAAGAAGCACGUGGAGAAGCGUCAUCAAGAGUGGGUGGACGAGUUGAAGGAAGAGUUUGAACUCAUCAACUCAUAUGUGUCGGAUCCCUCACACAUCGCACCAUCUCGAACUGAUGCCAACUCGAAUGGGCAUUUCCCCAUCACCAACGGUCAAUCCGGUCUCAGCACUCCACGCGGCUUCAAUCUGCACAACUUUGCCAACGGCGUGCCUGGUUUCCCUAUGCCUCCUGGUGGUCUUCCGCCUCAUUUUGCAGGCAUGCCCGGUGCAGGCUGGAGUGGUGACGACCGUCGAUCCGGAGGUCCUAUCCGUCGCGGCGGUAGCAUGUCCGGUGGACGCGGAGCGUAUCGCUCAGGUCCUUAUGAUCGCCGUGGACCGCGUGAUAGUAACCGUGGCCGCAUGGGAGGCUCGCGCUGGGGCGACGGCGGCGCUGCAGCUGGCGGUCCUCGAGAAGCAGUCCAAGGUCGAAGUCUGAAGAGUUAUGAGGACCUUGAUAACGUGUCUGGUAGCGGCUCCAAGGAGCUUGACUAUUAGUGCAUUAGUAUCCGCCGCAUCGGAUCUUACUCGCAACCGCGAGGCAUUGUAUUAUUCAUGCUUGAUUCCUGCUUUCUGACACAAUCAGAAAUACAUAGCACAGAGGUGUAACACGGCUAGGUGUUUUUUGUAAUUGAUUUGAUUUGAUUUUUGGGGGAAGUGCAGCAAAUGGAGAGGUCGUCUUUUUUUCUAUUUUAGCAAAAGCAGAAUGAACACUGGUAGCAGAUACAUUAUAUAGGUUGAGGACAAUUGUAAUCCUACAGAUAUACUUUCAA